CGAUUUUGUUGGCUCUGGUAAACUAAAGUGACAAGAACGAUCAACUCUAUUCAUGUUUAAGAUUACUGUGACAAGCAUGACCUACUCUGAAGUAAUAGUAGUGACUUGUUUAUCGUUUGGCGAGGUCUUCGAUACACAAUCCCGGUUAACUAAGCGUUCCCAAUGUUGCAAAUCAACGUUUGUAAGCACUGUGAGUUUCAGCCGUUUAUGGCGGCUGACGUGGAAUGUGAAGUGCUUAAGAUUAGGUUUUGCUAUUAUAAUAUUAAAGUAGUAUGUUGUAUGUAAUUCAUAUGACGUUAACACAUUUUUUCAAUUAUGUGUCCGGACGCUGGAAUGUAUUCAUUAAUAGACAAAGAUUAAAUGGCGUGAAGAGAUUAUUUGUUGAUAUUGUAAACAUUACGCUAUGCCACAUUCAAUUUUUAAUUUACGUUAAGGGCAAUGCACUGUGGGUAGGAAUUGAGCUUGGCGCAUGCGCAGUUCAGUUUACAGUUAGAUCUCGUCAGAAAAUGGCGUCGGCUAAGUUUUUGGAGGAAGCUCUCAGUACAGACGUCGAUGAAUCAGCAGUCAAUGCAAUAGUGGGAUCGCUGGAGACACAGUUAGUUACCACGACACCUGCAGUUUCCAGCCAGCAAGGACCAUCAGCUACAGUCAAUCAAAAUCAUAUGAACAGUGCAAUAGCUAAUGGGGGCACUGUCUCUACACAGAAACAUGGUGUGACGAACGGUGGAUCAGGAUCUAUGAAUAUUCUUUUAAACUCAGAUACAAACAAAACCAAUACUACAAGCACACUUCAGAGUGGUAAUGUUGUACAUUCAAAUGUUGUGAAUACAGUUGUAGCGUCGUUGCAUGGUGGAGUUCCUGCUAGUGGAUAUAUAAAUCAAGUAACUUCAAGUGCAAGCCAAUCAAAUAUCACAAAUCUAACCAAGUCACAUGAAGCUGUCAAAAUAGUUUAUCCCUCAGGCAGUCAGACUUUGACUACUACUGGUGGAGUAAAUAUAAACAGUAGAGUUGCCUUUCCAACUGGAGCACUCCCAAAUGGCAAUUUGGGCCUCGCUCCACUGUCUUCACAUACUGUUUUAAAUGCAGUAACCUCGAGUGUUCAAAGUGUAGUUUCUCAAACCCAUUCCCAAGCUGGAAGUAAUGUAACUAAACAGAUUGGUGGUGUUAUUGGUAUUGAACAUGGGAAACCAACUGGAACAGCUUUAGUAAUAAAAACUUCAGUUGGUAAUCCAAAUGUUACCCAAGGGGCUCCUCUAGGUGCUGGUGUAGUGUCUGUUCCAAUGACUGUAAAUACCACAAUGACCCUGACAGGAACACAUGUGAACACAGCUGUUGGUACGACGACAACAUCAGGAAUGUCGGGAGUUGUAACAUUAGCAAAACCCAUUACGCAUACUGUUGGGGCUUCUCAAACAAUAGUAGGGAACCCCUCUACAACAAUACUGCCAGCCAAUGUGCAGAUUGUUAAUGUGAAUGCUGUCAGACCAGCUACGCCUGGUCAACCAGGACAGAAGGGACUGCCUCCCAGAGUUGUAAUUGGGGCUCCACAUAUGGUUGGUGCACGUCCUGGACAACCAGGACAAAUAACGCUACAGACAUUGCAAGGCCUUCAACCUGGAACCCAAGGCCACUUGCUGCUGAAGACUGAGAAUGGUCAGUAUCAGCUGUUACGUGUGGGACCGGCACCCACAACACCGGGUGCUGCCAUUGCACCAAGCAGUGCAGCAGCAUCUAUACCUACUGGUGCAACAUAUCGGCUUCAGUCAGUUCCAGCUCAUGGUGCAGUCACCGUAGCCACUACAAGUGCUGCUGCUGCUGUUAUUCAGCCCACACAGCCACCUGCUCUGGUCACACAGAAUGCCACAGUGCAGCGGCAUACGGUGGAUACUACCAAAGAGAAAUGUCGGAAGUUCCUCGCAAAUCUUCUGGAACUGUCCAGUCGAGAACCUAAAUCUGUGGAGAGGAAUGUUCGGACUUUAAUUCAAGAGCUGAUUGAUACCAAGGUGGAGCCAGAGGAGUUCUGUGACCGUCUGGAACGGUUGCUCAAUGCUUCCCCACAGCCCUGCCUUAUUGGAUUUCUCAAGAAAAGCUUACCUCUUCUCCGCCAGUCACUUGUUGCUAAAGAACUUGUGAUAGAAGGCAUUCGCCCACCCCCUCAUCAUACUGUGGUUUUUUCACUACCGAACUCUGCUACAAUGGUGCCACAACUACAGACGCAGCUGAGGCCACAGACACCGACAGGUCAACUUAGACUAAUGACACCAGUGAAUGCCUCCACUCAGAGUGUAGGAGUAACGACAAUACCUCGCCCUGGUCAAACAAUACAGCACCGACUUGUUACGCCUGUGAGAACUCCAACACCAGCAGCUAGAAUGGUGACGACAGCACCAUUACAACCUCAGUCUCCAAUUUCAACAGCAGCACCUACCCUUCCGUCUCCAGCACCACAACCAGUGAAAGUUACAACUCCGUCGCUCCCCACCCCUGCGCUUCAUAUAAGACCUCAGGUGCAACAGCAGCAGCAGCAACAACAGCAAACACCUCUGGCACAGACAACAAAAGCACCUUUCCCAGUCCACAUCAGACCUUCGGCAACACCAGUCCAUGUGAAAACAGCGGCUACCAAAGUGUCUACAGCGGCAAAACCACCUGCUCCUUCGCUUCUACCAAAGCCAUCUGCAAAAGAGAAAGAGAAGAAGUCUUUCUCAUCUGCAGGAUACACAGGAGAUGAUGAUAUCAAUGAUGUGGCUGCGAUGGGUGGUGUCAAUCUGGCUGAGGAGACCCAAAGAAUAUUGGGUUCCACAGAAUUUGUAGGGACACAAAUACGGUCUUGUAAAGAUGAAAUUUUCCUCCAUGCUGUGCCUCUACAAUAUAAAAUUAGGCAAAUAGUUGCUCAGCAUGGGUUGGAAGAACCUUCAUCAGAAGUGGCUGCACUGAUAUCCCACGCUACUCAAGAGAGGCUGAAAAACAUUGUAGAAAAGUUGGCAGUUAUUGCUGAACACAGAAUAGACCUAAUUAAGGUGGACCCAAGAUAUGAAGUGACACAGGAUGUCAAAGGCCAGCUAAAAUUUCUUGAAGAAUUGGAUCGUGUAGAAAGAAAACGGCAUGAGGAACAAGAAAGAGAGUUGUUGCUCCGGGCAGCCAAAAGCAGAUCAAAAUCUGAAGAUCCAGAGCAAGCAAAACUGAAGGCCAAAGCCAAAGAAAUGCAACGGGCAGAAAUGGAGGAGCUGCGUCAACGGGAAGCCAACUUAACAGCUUUGCAAGCCAUCGGACCUAGAAAGAAGCCAAAGCUAGAAACUGGUGGAAUGGCAGGGUGUUCAGGACAAUCUGGUGCCAGUGGAUCCAAUGGUGCGAGUAAUAACCUCAGUCGAACACAGCUUCCAAUCCGGCCACGUCUCAAGAGAGUCAAUCUUCGAGAUCUACUCUUCCUCUUGGAACAGGAAAAGGAAACAUGUCGGACACCUUUACUGUACAGAGCGUUCCUCAAGUGAUGAUGGUUGUGCUUGGUUUUCAUAGCCUUCUUAUGCCAGAAGGUAAGGUCAGGUGAUGUCAAUAAACUCUCUUCCCUCCCUUCUCAUGCAUGGACAGUGUGGGUUCAGUCUUUAUACGAAUGGCUUGAUGGCUCUACCAAAUCACUUGACAGAGAAGCAGAAUAUAAUAUAUCAUGUGAAUCCAUUGAGAAUCAAGCAAUAUAACCUGCUGCUCCCAGGCAAAUCAUGUCAUGUUUGCCCAUUGUGAAUGAAGAAUCUUUUUAUCAGGAAAUCAUAUUUUAUGUAAAUAUCUGAAACACCAAACUGUUCAUAUCUGUGGUUCCUUUCCCUUCCGUGGUUUAAUGCGCAAUGUACAGUGUGGGAAUUCAUAACAACUUGCUGGCAUGAAAGGCUUGUUCAGAUGGAUGCC